AAUGGUGAACAGGUGAAGAGUCGUUGCUUGGUUUACGAAUAUCAUUUAAUUGAUUAGUGAAUUAUUUCAGAAAUAUGUGGUAUAACAUCAAGAAAACGAUUUAAAUCUUACUUCAGCAUUAUAAACCUCAUAAUAUUUUUCUGUUGUUUGAGAGAAAACAGUGUUGCGUGGACUGUAACACUUUUUAAAAAUUAAGGUUAUUGUUCUAAAUAAACAGAUUUUUGCUGAUUAUUUUCAAAGUUCUAAAUAAAAAUGGGUGUCCCGAAGUUCUUUAGGUACACAAGUGAAAGGUAUCCUUGCCUUAACGAACUGGUUAAGCAGUAUCAGAUACCAGAUUUUGACAUCAUGUACUUAGACAUGAACGGUAUAAUCCACAACUGCUCUCAUCCUGAUGAUUCCGAUCCGCACUUCCGUAUCACUGAGGAGAAAAUAAUCAAAGACAUAUUCCAUUAUAUCAGUAUACUGUUUCAAAUCAUUAAGCCUAAGAAGUUAUUCUUUAUGGCUAUCGAUGGUGUAGCGCCAAGAGCUAAGAUGAACCAGCAGAGAGGACGGAGAUUUAGAUCUGCAAGGGAAGCUGAAAGCUUGGAAGAAAAAGCUAAAGCAAAAGGUGAAGUUUUACCUACUGAAAAAAGAUUUGACAGUAAUUGCAUCACACCAGGAACCGUUUUCAUGGCGCGUUUACAUGAACAGCUGCAAUAUUUUGUUAAGUCAAAAAUGUCUACUGAUCCUCUUUGGUCUAAAGUCAAAGUUAUACUUUCUGGUCAUGAGACCCCUGGCGAAGGAGAGCACAAGAUAAUGGACUACAUACGUUGGGCGCGCUCACAACCAGAGUACGAUCCGAACACUAGACACUGCCUGUAUGGCUUGGAUGCGGAUCUUAUUAUGCUGGGCAUGUGCACACACGAACCUCAUUUCGCACUUCUCAGGGAAGAGGUGAAGUUCGGCAAGACAACUCAACGUGCAACAAGUCCCGAAGAAACAAACUUCUAUCUACUCCACCUGUCUCUAAUGAGGGCGUAUUUAGAGCAAGAGUUCAUAUCUAUAAAGAACAGCUUGCCUUUCCCGUACGAUAUAGAGAAAAUAGUGGAUGACUGGGUGUUGAUGGGUUUCCUCGUGGGAAACGACUUUAUACCGCAUUUACCUAAUAUGCAUAUAAAUAAUGACGCAUUACCUCUAUUGUAUAAGACGUAUAUGAACGUACUUCCUACUUUGGACGGUUACAUAAAUGAGGCUGGUGACUUAAACCUCGGUAGGUUUGAAAUAUUCAUGCAGGAGCUGGCAAAGAUAGAUAAGGAAAAGUUUCAAGACACGUACGCAGAUCUUAAAUAUUUCGAGGGGAAAACUGGCAGACGGCCUAAUGCUAUGGAGCGGAAAGAGUACAAACCUAACAACGACGACACUUUUAACGUGAACAUAGAUGAUAUAAAGGCAAACAAACCUGACGAUGAAUUGCAAGCCCUUAUCAAUGCGACGCAGGAAAUGUAUAUGGAUGAUAUGGAGAAUGAUGAGGAAUAUGACGACACUAGUGAUGAGGAGGCAACAAUGGAAAUGGAGUUUAAGUUACAUAAAAAGGACUACUAUAUGAAUAAAUUAGAUUAUUCGAAAGUAACAGACGAAGUGCUAGCGGACCAAGCGGAGGGCUAUGUCCGCGCGAUACAGUGGAAUCUCUUCUACUACUACAAGGGAUGCCCUUCUUGGUGUUGGUACUACCCCCACCACUACGCCCCGUACAUAUCAGACAUAAGAGAUUUCAAAGAUCUACAAUUUGAAUUCGAACUGGGGGAACCGUUCAAGCCGUUUGAGCAGCUCUUAGCGGUGCUUCCAGCAGCCAGUAAGCAUUUAUUACCGACACCGUUCCACGACCUCAUGACCGAUGAAGACUCUCCGAUAGUGCAUUACUACCCGUUGAACUUUGAGACCGAUCUCAACGGCAAGAAGAACGAUUGGGAGGCUGUGGUGUUAAUACCAUUCAUUGACGAGACUAAUCUCUUAUCGGCAAUGUCACCAUGCUAUCAGAGGCUAACUGAAGAGGAACUGAAACGAAAUAUGCACGGACCUAUGCUUGUUUAUAAUUGGACACCAGAAAACUUGGGUCAAAUAGUAGCGCCGCAAUACUUCCCACCAAUAGCAGUAAGUCACGCAGUUGAAACGGCAGUCUGGAGAACAGAACUAGAUGUUUCCGAUGACCAGCUGAUACGAGGAAUGCUGCCUAAUGUCGACCGGGACAUACUUUAUCCUGGAUUCCCCACUAUGCGGUAUAUGGACUUUAAGACAACAAUAAAGAAAUGCAAAGUGAAAGUAUUCGACCAGCCCUCGCGCAACGAGAGUAUGAUCAUAGAACUAAUACCUGCCGAGAACACAGAUCCGCCGCUCGAGUUAGUUGCUGAAAAACUGCUGGGGAAAAUUAUUUGGGUGGGCUGGCCACAUCUGACGCGUGCCAAAAUAAUAUCAGUUUCCAACGAGAAGAAACGUCUACACCACUUUGACAAGCAGAACAACAAUGUCAACGGAGUGAGAUUCUCGACGGAAGUAAACAUGGGCAACCUGCACAAACAGUGGAUAUCGGAGCGAUCCACUAUUAUUGAACACAAUAUGAAUCGCCUCGGAAUUGAGCUCGGUGAUGUAAACGUCAUAAUUCACGCAGUUAACCUGAGAGGUUACAAAUACGCAAUACAAGACAACGUAACGAUGGUGAUGGAGGAGGAAUGGUGUAAAGUGGCCUGUGGUUACGCGUUACAAGGCGUGGUUUCUGCCGUGGCCACGCAAAUAAGGCCGCCAUCAAAGUUCCUGACUCCAAGAGAAGCGUAUCCGCCCGGCGAUCACUGUUUCCUGCUGACGAACGGACAGUAUUAUGGUUGUUUGGCCACGGUGGUAAGCUCGGAAGCAAUACGAAGUGGUCGGAUAAAAGUGACCGUACAGGAGAGUGUCGAGCCAACUCCCACUGUGCACGCGGCCGCUAGUCCGUACCGCUCCGCACACCACGCGGCCGCUGCUUGCGGUCUAUCAACACACACGUUAUCUCGGAUCACGGGGACUGUGCUGGUGGUGAUGGGUGAGAGAAACGACCUCCCCACUGAGACCCAGAACAAAGUCAACGUUGGACUGAAUCUUAAGUUCAACAAAAAGAAUCAAGAAGUAUCAGGCUACACUCGUCGCUGCAAGCUCACAAACGCUUGGCUGUAUUCAGAGCGUUGUAUCGAGCUAGUGAAGGCAUAUGUGAGGCAGUUCUCCGACCUGUUUGACAAACUGAUCUACUCGAUGAACAACGAUAUAUUCUUCGAGAGUGAUUUGUGGCCUGAUGAAAUAGGACAAAGCAAACCCCAGGAGAUAGUUAAAUGGAUCAAGAGCCAGCCCCACAGUACGGCGAUGCGAAGGGAAUGCGGCUCUGAUGCACUCGAGCCUGAGGAGAUGAAGGUGCUGUUUAGUACUCUCCACCAACAGCUAACGCAAUUGAAGAGUCUCGAAAAGAGCGUCACGCUGCACGUCAAGUGGAACCUGCUCUAUAAGCCGGAACUUCACGAAGGCAACAUCCAACCGGACCCAAAGGCCGACUUCAAAAUGUACGACCGUGUUAUCUGUGUCGCUCGUAACAUUACCGUACCGCUGGGUGCCAAGGGCACCAUAACAGCAGUGUACCAACCUUCAGACGGCAACACCGUGAGACUGUCAGACAAACUGAACGCGCAGCCAACCUACCAAGUGAUGUUCGAUGAACCUUUCUCCGGAGCGCAAACUGAGGAUUUGUUUGAAGAAGCAAGGUUUUAUAGGAUGCUACCAACCAACAUGUUGAACAUAUCCUUCGGUCGGAAGUUGCGGGACUCUGUGAGCUGUGCGGAAACUCAGCCCUUCACAUACACAAGACCUACCAUCUUACGCAGAGACGACGGCCAUAACUCUGCUUUCGCCAGCUACAGUCCACCAAGAGAAAUCUCACCGGGAACAGACAACAUCAAAAACGGAACACAACAGGAUAAUGCAACGAGUUUAUUAAAAAGCCUGUUGAAGAUAAGCGAAAACGAACCGGAAACUAAACACAAAAACAAGACGCGGAACCCGCCUGAGCCGAAUUCGAGCUGGCGCGUCAAGAAUGAUACGCCGCAAACAUCAACGCCUACGAAAGCACCGAACUGGCGCGCGCACGCGAAAAACGAAACCUCGUACAAUGCAGUGCCGCCUUCGGACAAUAAUGACGUGGCAAGUGGUGGAUAUAAGAAUCAACCGCCAAUGCCGCCAUACCCAACGUUUGCCCAACCGUUCCAAGGCCCGGGACCAAGCCAAUCACCGUUCCCGCAGCUAAACUAUCCACGCAACCAGUUCGGUUACCAGGACCGCAACCACGUGCCGCCGCGCAACCAACAGAGCAACCAUAGCUAUAACAGCAACCAGAGCAUGUUCAGCAACCAGCCGACCGGCAACCAGGACAAUUUCGGCAACCACGCGUUCCCUAAACACCUUCCGAAUGUCAACCCAGCUGUGACCUUGGGACCUGCGUGGAUAAAGGGGCAGAGCUUACGAACUGUUGAGAAUUCCAAUCCGUCUAUGCCUAACCAGAGUGCGAACGGUGAAAAGUUCAACAAUCCCUUUAUUCCUCUACAAGCGCAAACUAGGCGACAAAACUCAAGCGGUACUUCAUCAAGGCAAGAUCUGGAAACCCUUCCAGCGCCUAACCCCGCGCCGACGCAAUCACAGCCCAUGGCUCAACAAGUUCAGAAACAGCAACAGGCAACGUCGAAACCGCAAAGGAAGAAGAAAACUAGAAUAGCGGCAAAUCUACCCUUCCAAUUGGAUUAGUGUACUGUAAUAAAUGACAUGACAAUCAAAUGAUAAAAUAAAUGUACAUUAUACACAUGA